AUGCGUUUAGUUCUUGGUAUUGCGCUUUUGUUCUUUGGACUUUCAGUUCCUGGGGUGCACUGCAGCAAUGAUGACCCUAUUAAGUUUGUGAGGAAGGAUACAGAUGCAAUGAAAAAUCAGACUAAGGAAGAAAAGUUCGCAGAAAGUACGGUUAAAGAACUAAUUGAUAGCUCAAAAAAAGUUGUUAAGGAAGUAAAAGAAUGGUUUAAUAAGAUUGUUAAUGCUAUUGAGGAGGGUAGAGUUGCUCAUUGUGUGGAGGAAGAUAAAGAGAAAUUGGAAGAGGAGAUCAGAAAGCAUUUAGAUGGUAUGUCGCCCAAGAAAGUGGUCAACAGCGUCGCUUCUGACUAUUUUUCUUCUAGGACCUCAUACUAUGUGUUUGUUCGUACAGUGCCAGAUAAAACCUAUCUUGGAAGUUACUUGAAGAAACUAUGUGAGU